UCUGCAGAGCAUCUGGGGCAAGGCGAGUGGGGUGUGGAUACUCAAACUCAAGUUUUUUGAUUAACUGAACAAUGGAGGAACUCAAAAAGAUUUACAGUCAGGAGAGUUGAGAUAUAGCUUAUUUUGUUGAUGUUUUAUUAUCUAUCUUAUUCAUUAGCAGCAGAAUCAUGAGUUACUAACUAACUCUGUUCUUUUCUUAUUCAGCAAAUCUGUGUUCUUCCACGAGGUCUUGACUUUGAACAGAAUCAGCUAUAUAAGCCUUGAACUCUUGAACAGGGAUAGGUUUGUGGAAGAAUCUAAUGCUGCCAAAUCAAUUGGUCUUGUAACCACGCCGAAGUGUGACUACCCUGCUGUAUCAUCCUGAGUAAUAUAGUCUAAUAUCAUGUCUGAUCUUUUGAAAGCAAGGUCCUAUUUGGUUGAAAUGGCUUGGAGUCAGAGAUCCGGUGUUUACUUCCACCUACAUGUAUCUGCUUUUUCUGAUAGUGUUACCUGAAGGGGAAUCUUUAGCAGCCAAACCAAAGGGUGCUGCAAUCCACAUUAAAGUUAUUAACCUGUUGUUCAAUUUGCUCCUCUGUCAUUGCAAAAGAAAGGAUUUUUUUUGUUUUAAGUGCUUGAUGUCAGAGGUUUCGAGACUCUCUGCGUCUGAAAAUUAGUGGCUCUUGUCAUUUGUGCCCUUGCAGCUGCUCAUUUGGACUUCACCAGAAAAGCUACACUUUGCUGAUGACAAAUGACAAUGACCAUACAAUUUUGGCUUUCUCACUGUGGCGUUUGACAGCUUCGAUUUAGCAAUGUUUGUGGGAUUGGCUUUGGUGAGUGGUAGGAGUCAUAAUACUCAAGAAUAUCAUUUCCUACUGAAAUGUCUUCUAGGAGAAUGAUCAAUGCUCAAAUCCAACAUUGACCCACUCGGAGAAGACAUCUUUGUCAAUUGUGUAUUUGGCAAUGGAAGAUUCAUUGCAACAGAGCUCCCUUUAAGGCUUCCCUUUUCGCUUGGUUAGUGAGUAAGGAGGCAUGCCAUCUACAAAAGGUGGGUUUUCAGCUUUGCAGAAAUUUUCUGCAAUACUUGGCAAAUUGGACAGCGUGAAAUCCACUUGCGAGCUGCUGCUUUACUGGAAAAGAGAGGGACUUGGCAAAAAAUCCGUGAAGACUUGUUGUGGAAUAAUAUCAUACCCCUUAUAAGUCUCCAUUCGGGAUUGGGGAUUUGCAGUCUGUACUUAUAUCCUUUAUAAGACUGGGUCACUGCAAGUUUGCCAUUUAUAGUAAAUUUCUCCAAAGGGAAUACAUCUUUAUCGAUAUUUUAGCUACUUUCUUGAUCAGCUGGUGAUCUUAUGCUGCUCUCAUUUUUAAACAUAUGCGGUUACUCCUUGGAUUAUUUGUUUCUGUGGGUUUGUUCUAAUUUGCUGUUUUUUCAUAGUUAUAAAAAAUAAAAGACUUGACAGAAGAAUAGUAGGAGUUCAUCCCACUAUAAUCGUUAUUUGUUCGAUAGCUCUUUUUAUGUACAGAAUUGACAAAGUCAGGCUGGUCAAGAUGUUUUGUUAAGUUUGCUGGUUUUGAUCAUUUGUGGUAAAUUUCUCCCCUCUUUCAGUAAAUUAGCAAUAUGUAUAUUUUUAUUUCUGUUGAUAGUGAAUAAGACUAUAGAGAGUACAUAUAAAUCUUUUAAUAUAGAGAUGGUGAAAUUGAUUAUGGUGGGAGUCGUCCAAAACUACCUCCAUUAUAAUUGGCUAUUGGAGUUGGUUGGAUCUGACGACAUCCACUAAGUUACAGUGGAAACAAAAAGAGAGGCCAUUUAUUCAUUUCCAUUUAAUUCUCAACCGAAAAAAAUAUGGGAAAAGUCAUUCCUGCAAAACCCAACACACCUGCUUAGCUCCAUGAAAGCUACUAGUUUUUUUUUUUCAUUAAAUAAAAGGUAAAGAAAUUAAUCAAAUAAACGUAUGGAAUAAGCUGCCUAGUCAAAUUAAUCAAAUAAACGUAAGGAAUAAGCUGCCUAAUCUUUCUUUUUCUUUUUUCUAUUUCAAUAACUUACAAAUAAACGUACUGAAUAAGCUGCCUAGUCUUUCUUUUUCUUUCUUCUAUUUCAAAAACUUACUUCUAAUAUUGCAUAAGACUGCCCAAUGUCUCAAUAAAUAGUCCUUAUGUGUUUUUUUUUUCUCCUCUCCUGUUUCGAAGUGAUGGAUGUUUACCAUCUGAGCAACUCACUCUUAUCUAUUCUUAGGCUUGACACUUUGUAGUUGUUCCAGACCUAGUAACGAAGACUGGAUAUCUAUUAUUCUACCUGUUCCAGUUUAUAUACACUUUUUUUAAACUCAUUUCAGAAAGAAUGUUGGUUAGGUCAGUUUCUCAAACACUUACUUUACAUUCACGUCUCAGUCUAUGUCUCAGUCUAUACGACUCAUUUUUAAAUUUAGAAACAAUUGAUUCAUACUUGAUAUUUUUUUCUCUCUUAAUAAGAAGCUUUUAUGAACACAUAAAUUUUAUGACAUAUUUAAAGUCACAAGUUUCAAAUCACACAAAUACAACAUGCUCCUUUAGUGUUAGACAACAAUUUCAAAAUUCUUUAUUCUUUUCGCUAAAAUUCAAUAUCGAUUUAAACUACGUUUGCGUAACAACAUGCCCCUUUACUGUUGUUGGUAACAGUUUUUCUAUUUGUUUAUAAAUUUAUAGGAAUCUAGAUACCCUUUCAUAUAGUCUAACCUUUUUAUGCACUACAAACAAAAUUGAUUCAUUUCCAAAGAUAAAUUUAAACAAACAAACAAAAAAACUAGGUCGUGGGGACAAUCUUAUGAUACUGUAUGGUUUCUAUAGACAUGCAUCCUCGAAGUUGCUAAAGAAAGGAAUUGCUUCUUAUUGGGAUUUGGAGCCAUCCAAGAUACAAAGAAAUGCUAAAUCCAGAGGUGUGGUGUUGCAGCUGAUGAAUUAGCUUAAGCAACUUCACAAUAUGGAUUUUGUAUCAAAUAUGUGAAAUUCCUUUCCACUUACAAAUAUGUAGGGUGGUUCCCCUUCUACCCCUUAACUUUAUUUUUUCCAAAAGUAUAGGACAAAGACAUCAGCCAUAAACUAAAGGACCAUAAUAAUAUGCUCAGCAUAACAUCCUGGAAAGAGCUUUCAACUUCGUUGCUUUUCUGCGCGUUGAUUUCUCAUUCUUUUGCCUCCACUUUCACCAUUACUAACAACUGUCCGUAUACAAUAUGGCCUGGUACAUUGUCUGGUUCCUCAUCACCUCGACUUUCCACGACGGGCUUUCAAUUGAAUGCUGGCCAAAGCGUCAGCAUUCCAAGUGUCACGGGAUGGUCAGGUCGCAUUUGGGCAAGGACUGGGUGCACUUUUGAUGCGUCUGGUGUUGGCUCUUGUCAAACAGGUGACUGUGGUGGUAAGCUUGAAUGUGAUGGUCUUGGUGCCACACCACCUGCCUCUCUCUUCGAGAUAACUCUAGGGACGGGAGACACCAAAGAUUUCUACGAUGUCAGCAUUGUUGACGGUUAUAAUCUGCCAAUGGUUGCAAUCCCAGAGGGAGUUCAUGGUGGAUGCAAUGCCACUGGUUGUGUUUCCAAUCUUAACAUGGGUUGUCCAAAAGAACUUCAAGUGGUGGGUGGAGAUGGAGAAGGGAAUGUAGUAGCAUGUAAGAGUGCAUGUGAGGCCUUUGGUUUAGACCAGUAUUGUUGUGCCGGAGAGUUUGCCAAUCCAACAACUUGUCGUCCAUCAUUCUAUUCCAGCAUCUUUAAAAGAGCUUGUCCAAGGGCUUAUAGCUAUGCAUAUGAUGAUGGCACCAGCACUUUUACCUGCAAGGCUUCCGACUACACAAUCACCUUCUGUCCCAUGAAUGGGGUGAAGAAACCCAACGGUGGAGAAACAAUUCCACCUAUUGAAGAAAGUAAAAUGGAGAAGUUCCCAGGGAUGAUCUCACUGUCAAACAUUCUCCUUCCCUUCCCCAUGCUGAGUGCACUGCUACUUCAGUUAAUAUCUCUAUAAUUAAAACAAAAUUGCAUAAAUCAGGAUAUGUUUUGGCAUAACAAGAGAACGGGACAGUAUGUUGUACUACAACAUUAGAGGUGACUGGACAUAUGACAAAGUUUAGGAAUGUUAUCUCAAGAAAUAGCAGGGCAUUCCUGAGGAAACUUAUAGCAAAACCAAUAAAUAUGACAACUUAUUUACAAUAUCGACAGUAUCUUGUACCACAACAUUAUGCCUCUUUAUUUGAUUAUCAUAUUCUGCGCACUAAACAAAAAUAUAGAAAAUCAGAUGAUUUGUUCAAUCAAACCAACGAACCU